AUUUACAUCAGGCACAUAUUGUGCCUCCUCGGUUUUGGGGUCCUUCACUGGAGGUGACAUUCAUUGAAGGGAAUAAACCUUCACAGCGAUACAAAUCAUGGCCCAGGCAGUACAGAAACUUGUGGCUAAAGUACCAACGUUGGUCGGCGCCGCCGUGAGCUACUCCAAGCCCCGACUUGCUACUUUCUGGUAUUACGCCCGCGUAGAGCUUGUGCCACCCUCCCCAGCCGAGAUCCCCAAGGCCAUCAGUGGUGUCCAGGAUGUCCUCAAGGGCUUCCAGUCAGGACGGCUCGGUCAGACCACAGUCAGGGAUGCUCUAAGGAAUGGACUUGUCGCUACAGAAGUUCUGAUGUGGUUCUACAUUGGGGAGAUCAUUGGAAAGGGAGGCAUUAUAGGCUAUGAUGUAUAAAUGUGGACUGUCCUUUCUGCUUGUUCUCUUUGCUGAGCUUUGUCUGUUCGCUUCACUAUUUGAAUUCUUGGAAUCCAGGAACUAAAUAAAUGAAUAUUGUUAAAGAAAGAACAACAGAAAUGCUUAUUUAGUUUCAAGUGGGCUUGCAGUAACAUUUUAGUGUACACAGUGACGGUACAGUGAAUUCAAAUGUUGUUGAAAUAUUGUCUGUUCAUUGCUCAUUUUUAUUUUAUUAAUUUUAAGUUGUAUCCAUGCAUAUUGUUACACUUAUAUCACACUGAUUUUCAUAUGUAGACAAUCAAGCAAAGCUCAGCCCUUACAAAAUGCAUUUCACCAAAUAACCACUCUACUUUAAAAUUCUUCUUCCUCUGUGUUUAUAAACUCAUACAAAAAUGAAAGCAUUAGGGAAACUGCUGUAAUUCUCCCAGAUUAAGUCAUUUCA